CUAACCAACAGCUGUUUGUAACACGCAGUUGGCCGUGUUUUUUUCCGUUCUCUUCGAAUUUCACAACAAUUGGUCUAUUUAUUGAUUUAUUUGAGUGACAACUGCUAGUUAAUUUCAAGAUGUCCCUGCUGCGAAACUCCUCCCGGUUGCUGCGUUCCCAGCUGAAGCGUGUGCAGAGUGUGCCGGUGGCAUUAUAUCACGAAAAUGUCGUUGAACACUACGAAAACCCGCGCAACGUGGGAUCGCUGGACAAGAAGGACGUCACAGUGGGCACUGGAUUGGUUGGAGCCCCCGCCUGCGGCGAUGUGAUGAAGCUGCAGAUCAAGGUGGACGAGAACGGCAAGAUUGUGGAUGCCAAGUUCAAGACCUUCGGCUGCGGCUCGGCCAUCGCCAGCAGUUCCCUGGCCACCGAGUGGGUGAAGGGAAAGUCCAUCGACGAGGCCGGCAAGCUGAAGAACACGGACAUCGCCAAGGAGCUGCGCCUGCCGCCCGUCAAGCUGCACUGCUCCAUGCUGGCCGAGGAUGCCAUCAAGGCCGCUUUGGCCGACUACAAGGUCAAGCAGCAGAAGAAGGAGGCCGUCUAGGGGGCGCAACGGAAUCUGUGAAUGUAGUGGAGCGUAUCUCUGAACAACUACUAAAGAAAAAACAACUAUAAGUACUCUACAAUACAAUACAAUACCAUAUAUACUAUAUAGAUACUUGGCAUUAGGUCGUAGUAUGCGAUAAUUCGCUAGAGCUCUGUGAGUGAUUGGCCGCGUGACUGCUGAUAACUGCAGAA